AUGUCAGACUAUGUAUUGCUUAUGAGGAUAGCAUUGGUUUUCAUCAUUUCACUGACUAUUUCAGUGACACAACAGACCAUCCAUACAACUAAUACUAAUAUAACGAGUCAUCAGUAUUUCAAAGUGAAACCCAGAGAUAUUGAAGUCAUUGAAGGAUCAGAUGUUGAGUUGGAGUGUCAAAUCGGUGCGCCGACGGGUGUGACGGCCAUUGAAGUCAGAGUCCAGUGGGCAAAGGAUGGCUUUUUGUUGGGUUACAAUCGUAUAAUUCCCGGUUUUGAUCGGUACUUAAUGGUUGUGGACGACGACAAACUCAUCUAUAAUUUGAUUAUACAUAAGACUCAGAUCGACGACGAGGCAGAGUUUGAGUGUCAAAGUCAAGUACAGUAUCUCUUUGGCAACAAACAGUCCAUCAGAUCAUCAGCUCAUCUCAAACUCAUUGUGCCUCCAAAGUUUGUGAAAAUAAACGGCUCAAAAGCUAUCGAUGCCUACAAUCCAUUUCAAUCUUCCGGUUCAAACAUAUUCAUAGCCGAAGCCAAAGAGGGAGAGAAGAUUGUAUUGAUCUGUUCGGCCUCUCCAUCAAAACCGCCUCCAAAGUUGAAAUGGUAUCGAAAAAACAUAGAAUUAUUGACUGAGGCGGCAAAGACAGCAAUAAACAAGACUUUAGUCAAUAAUCGUCACAUACUUUAUUUAGUGGAAAGUUAUUUGGUUUUAUAUCCCAAACACGAGGAAGAGUAUCGAUGUGUUGCUGAACAUCCGGGUCUCAUCAAGACUUUAAGGGCAACUGUUUUGAUAAAUAUAUUUCGCGCACCAAAGAUACCGGUAAUCGAUGGCUAUAAAGACGGCGAUAUUGUCAACUUUGGUGAAAAAUUAACCUUAAAGUGCAGUUCAAGCAAUGGUUAUCCGCCGCCUAGCCUUAUAUGGCUGAGGAAUGGCAUUGAAAUCGACAGAAGUCAUACCGUGAGCUCAAGAAAUGAAGUAAUCAAUACAUUAUCAUUGGUGGUGUCGGCCACCGAUAAUAUGGCUCAAUAUACAUGUCAAGCAUCCAAUCCUAUGACUGCCAUCCCAUUAACACAAACCGUUACGUUAAGUGUCUUAUUCCUUCCGACAAAGAUCACCAUAACGGGUCCAAAUGAAGUGCCAUUAAUCGAUAAUAAAGGUACGACCAUUAAAUUGAAAUGUACUGCAUAUCCGGCAUCUCCUCCUCCAUUGAGCACCAAAUUGAAAUGGUUUGUCGAUGACACUGAAGUGACAUCGGGUGAUGAGCACAUGGAUAUUAUCAGAAAAGAUAAAAACACUUGGACUGUCACAUCUAACCUAACAUAUACUUUAUCGCAUCAGGACCUCAAUAUUAAAAUAUUUAAAUGCACUGGAUAUACUUUAGCGAUGAAAGAGGAGAGCAUAUCAGCCAUUCAUAAGGUGAAUGUUAUCCACGCACCGGAUUUUCCAACUCUUUUGGGGAUCAAAGACUCUGUCGUAACAGCAAUAGUGGGAACUAUAGUCAAAUGCAAAUGUGUCAGCUAUUCAGGCAAUCCCAGACCACAGUUGGUUUGGUUCAAUCACCACAACCGUGAAAUUAGCGCAAUCUCUUCACAAACAGGAAGUGGUGUGUCGUCUGAACUGGUAAUUAGAGCCGAGAUUGAAGACAAUGGCCAUACAUUUAAAUGUCGUGUUUAUCACCCGGCACUCGACAAGCCAUACGAAAUUACAUUUCAACUUAUAGUUCAAUUAAUGGCUAUGAAUACUACAACUAUUGCCAAUACUAUGGUCACCGACACCACAACUACCGUUACGACGACUACUGAUCACAACAACGCCAACAAUACAGACUUUCCCGAACCGCCGACUCAAUUGUUGGCAACCAAUACAAGUCAUAAUUCAGUUGUGAUCUCUUGGAAUCCGGGCUUUGAUUUUGGUUACGAACAAAGUUUUCGGAUUCGUUACCGAAAAGUGGACUCAAAGUUGUCUCAAUAUAAAUAUAUUAUUGUUAACAAUACUUUAAACACUGUUUUAAUCGAUAACUUGGAUCCAAACACUGAAUACCAGUUUGGCAUCUCUUCACGCAAUAAAUUGGGUGAAAGUUUAAUGAGUCGCGAGUUUUUAACUGUCAAAACUUUGCCAAAUUUGGUCCCAAAACGUAAAUUAGAGUCAGUGUUGGCCUCAGCUGAUGAACAAAGACUCGGAUAUAAUAAUCAACUGAUAAGUGAAGAUAUUGUUGAACUGUCGAUCAUUGUAUCGCUUUUAGUAAUGAUUGUGUUGACCACGACUUCAAUUGUGAUCUGUUGUUACAGAAGACAUAACAGAGUUGCAGCACAAGUGCCACAAAAGACUCAAAACAGAAGUAAAGAUAUGUCAUCAGCUAAUGGCGAGUCUGAAGAGCCCUUUUCAAUAUCUGGUUCAACAACACUUGAUAGCAGUUGUCAUUUGGAGACCACUUUCAACAAUGAUAAGUGCCUUUAUGUUGCAAAUGGAGACUCUUUAAAUGACUUUGGUAUAACUAAAAUGUCACAAAAAUUUUUAUAUAAAACUCAACCCGAUAUUCUCAUUAUAAAUCAGCCAUUUCUUCAAAGUGAUGAACAAUGCUUUGAAGUACACCCAACAUAUGUGGACAACGAUUUCAAUUUGACUGAAAUUAAUAUCAAUGAAACUAAAAUAGCAAGUCUUGACCUAAUGGGUGAUAAUGAAGUCAAAGUUCAGAGAGUGACUAUCGUUAAGCCUAUUGUUAUGAAUGCAUAUUCAUUGGGAACUUUGAAUGAAGAGGAAGAAAUGUUAUAA